AAUAAAUCCCUCUAGUACCCAAUCGAAUCCUCUCACAAUGCCAGUUGAGAACUACGGAGUAUGGAAGGCAAAGCCUGUCCGUUUCACUUAUGAAACCGAUGCCCAAGACCAUGUGUCUCCUCAUUUAUCGCUGUUUUUUACUACCAGUGACAACAGGCAGGGGGAAGGUCGCGCAGCGAUAAACAUCAAGUCUGGGGAUAAGAGUGACUCUAGAUUAGUGUUUUGGUUAGUCAAGGAUUUCGAAAACUUUCAGAAUGAGCGACUUCGGGAGUUGAAGCCAGGGUUUAACCGGCUGGAAGGCACCAUGGAGCAAGCGUCCAGCGGCCUUGCACUGGAUUAUAUUCGAGGGAAUUUGUUCCACCGAGAAAGAGGCCGACUCCUCCCCCAUGACACCCCUGGGCCUGACAAUGAUAUAUUGGAUGAACUGAUCCCGGUGCUGGAUGCUGCGGUCGACAACGACAGCGUGAUCUACAUCUAUGGGUCGCAUUUCAGCAAUGGCAACGGUAUCCAUAAUGUUCACAUGAACCAAGGAAGCCCUAGGAAGUGGAAGCACGACAAUGGGAUCUACCAGGAUGGGGCCAUCUUGCUGGACUUUGGGGAUCACUGGGAGGGGGUGUUUAUUGGAUUCGCGUCACAGGCUGUGCAUACUGACGCCGAAGGUCAGCCUACUCCCUCACGCGGAUAUCUGACUUGGAAUGAGCUGUUGAACCCUGAAAUCCCGGGGGAGCAACGGAAAAAGCGCGACGUGAAUGAUCGGACCGUUACUAUCAGCGAGGCCGUUAUCCACCACCAUGGACCACCGCCAACAACCAAACCCGACAUGAUCACUCUGACGAACCGCGGAGACUCGCCCGUGGUACUCAGUGGCUGGAGCGUUCGGAAUCACAAAGGCGACAAUGAAUACCUGCCCGAUGGUGCUGUCUUACGUCGAAGACGUCGCCACAGCUUUCAGCUGCAUAACUGCGCGCUCUCCGAUGAGGGUGGUACAAUCACACUCUUAAAUGAGCAGGGGCUCAAGGUAGACGGCGUGCGAUAUACGGGUGCCCAAACGGGCCCUCUCCAUGUUGUCUCGUUUUAAGUUCAAGAGGGGUUAAUGAUGGGUGUCCCAGGUGAUGCUAUGGGAAUUCCUUUAUAUUAUCUUUUCUUAUUGCCAUUUUGGGGGGGUUUCUUUAUUUCUAAUUCUGCUUUUUACUUGACAUAAUCAUAUUCCGUGACUGUUGUUUGAGGCAUUGAUUUUGUGGUUUGGUGAAAAUACUCUGGCUAUAUUAGGGUAAUUUUUCUAGUGCUAAGUCACGUUGAUUUUGGUGAACAAAUUCACUGUAAGCUUAACGGACUAAAUAAAAUAAAUAAUUUAAUAUUGCCGUGUGGUCAAUCGCUUACUCUCUCUCUAGUCAGCCAAGAUGGUCCGAUAUGGCAACUCAAC